AUGUCUAGGUACACUACUAGAGUGUUGAAAGGAGAAGGAGCAAAAUAUUUCCACAAGAAGAUUGAAAUUCCUUAUGGACAAACCCUAGAUAUUAUAGCCAUGGAUAUUGGGCUACUCCAGCGUCACAGCGCGCAUUUUCUUAUCACAAUCCCGGCACAACGCCACUCGUCGUCGUCGGCGCGACAAAGUAAACCGUUUAAUUUUGAAAUGGAAGCUGGAGGUGGAGGAGAGCAGAGGCGGAGGCUGGGAAUUGAAACGAAGGCUGGAGUGGAGGAGAAUAGUCUUAAGUGGAGGUACACUACUAGAGCGUUGAAAGGAGAAGGAGCAAAAUAUUUCCACAAGAGGAUUGAAAUUCCUUAUGGACGAACCCUAGAUAUUAUAGCCAUGGAUACUGGCCUACUCCAGGGUGAAUGGCGGACUUCGGCGACGGCGGAGGAUGGCGGACUGCUUGAAGAAGAACAGCAGCGGGCUUCGAGCCUUCGACUGAUGGUGGACGCCGUCGAGUUCGACGGUAAUGGUUUCGGCUUCGGCAGGGAGACAGGAGACUCACUCAGGGGCGAAUUCAAAUGGGAGGAAGUAAUUUCAGAAAUUGAGCACAACGCCGCUCGUCGUCGUCGGCGCGGCACAAUAAACUGUUUAAUUUUGAAAUGGAGGCUGGAGGUGGAGGAGAGCAGAGGCUGUGAAUUGAAACGGAGGCUGGAGUGGAGGAGAAUAGUCUUAAGUGGAGGUGAGACUUGA